AUGCCUUCCAUCUCCAUCUCGGGGAUCGACCUGUCGGGCUCCUCAGUCCACAUCUCGAAUUCUAACGGAGGCUACACUAGCAUCUCGACAUCAAACGGAGUGUCUAUUCAGAUCUCUACCUCCAGCCACGUCACCAACGGCAAUCUCGCAAUUUCGGGUGGCACUGUUCACACCAACGCAUCCCCGAAGAAAAAGAAGAAAAAGUCCUCCAAGACGCCGAAACAGCCCAAGCAGGCAAAACCCCCAAAGAUUACCAGUGCCCGCGUUCCCAAGGCGUUACCGCCCGCUCCUCCUCGAAGCGUCGCCUCCUCGACAAGGCGGGACAUCGAGCCCGAAGACGGUUACUGCUGGCUGCUCCUCUUCAAGUCGAAAUACUGGAAUCAACUGCGCUCAAUGUACGGUCCGAAUACAGUGCACCAGGUAAACGCCCCUCACGGCGUACUGCGCGAGUUUAUGCGCCAGUAUCCACACAUGGUCUCUUCAAGGAGGGACCUGAUACGGCAACAGACGGCGCCCAACCUCAGCCACAUAAGUCCGCAUGGUAACAGUUCACCCUGGGAGAUCAUGGGAUGGUAG